GAACAUACAAAACUGUGUUAUUUAACGGAAUAAUAAUUAAUAAUGCAAAUAUAAUGGCAAAAACAAAUGUUAACGAAACAAUAUCAAAAUAUGAACAAUUUAUCAAUGAUGUACUGAAAGAGGACUUACGAAUACUCGAUUUAAAGUUACAACAUAUAAAUGCUGAAAUAUCAGAUAUGAUCCAACAACGACACUGUCUGAAAGUUUUAACAGACAAAAAUGACCACCCUAACGGUUUUAAGACGCAGGUUAACAUUGGUUGUAAUUUCUUUAUGGAGGCCUCUGUUACGGAUACAUCGAAACUUCUGAUGAAUAUCGGAUUAAAUCAUUAUUUAGAGUUCACAAUAGAAGAAGCAUACAAAUACUUGGAUGUCAGGAUAAAAGCCUUUGAGGUGAAGUCAGAGGAACUGCGCACAAAGGCUGCUGAAACAAAAGCCCACAUCAAGUUAAUGUUAUUUGGUAUUGGUGAAUUAGAUAAUCAAAAAAGUGGUAAAAUCAGUUGAUAUUAUUAUUAAGUAAUUAAAUAUUGUAAUACAAAAA